AUGUGUUCAGUACCAAAGGCGAAUGCUUUAAAUUUAUUCACACGAUGUCCCGGGUUAUAUUGCGGAAGAGAUUUACUGCCUGAUGGCAAUUGGAGUGACUGUAGUGCAUGUCCUCGAGGAUUUAGAGCAAAUGCAUCUUCAAUAUGUGUGCCUUGUGAUGAUGAACCAAUGCUUUAUGAUUGGCUCUAUCUUGGAUUUAUGGCAUUAUUAGCACUAGUAUUACAUUGGUUUUGUAUUGAUAUGGUAGCUAUGAGGCGUAAUAUACCCAAGGAAGUGAUAGCAUUACACUUAUCUGCUUUAUUUGAAGUUGUUGCUGCAUCUCUUAUUACUUUACAAUUAACUGAUCCUAUAGGUACUUUUGAAAUUAGAUCAUGUAGAGCCACCAAACUUUCAGACUGGUAUACAUUAUUACAUAAUCCUAGCCCAAAUUAUGAGGAGACUUUACAUUGUACACAAGAAGCUGUUUAUCCUUUGUACACUAUGGUGUUUGUUUUUUAUGCUUUAGGAACAGCAAUAAUGUUAUUGAUAAGGCCAAUGAUAGCUAAAACAUGUUUACCAAUGCAAGGAAAAUUUUCAAUUUAUGCUGCUCUUUACUUCUAUCCGAUAUUAGCGUUGUUACAUGCAGUUGGUAGUGGUUUGAUAUAUUAUUCAUUUCCGUAUAUAACAAUAACAUUAUCUGUGUUGUCUAAUGCAGCACAUUUUUCAUUUAAAUUAAAUCAGUCAAUGAAGGCAUUAUUGUUGAGUUGUGUAUCAGAUAUGAAGAAUGCAAUAGUUAUUUUAGGCCACUGGCUUUUCUAUGGGUAUGGUCUGAUGGCUGCAGCAACUUUUCGCGGUCUUGGUAUUCAUCCGGCAAUGCUUACUUUAGUUCCUUUACCAGCAUUAUUUUAUAUUCUUACAGCAAAGUUUACAGACCCACAAAAACUUCAUAUUCAAUAA